AUGAUGUUAUCAUCACAUUUAAAACAUCGAUUUUUAUCAGAAUUGUUUACUUCUUAUUUCUUAAAAAUUUCUACUCGUGCAACAUCUACUGCAACUGCAACAGAAUACCAACAACCACGAAAUGAAUCUCAAAGUAGUCAAGUAAAUACAGGAAUACUUUUAUUAAAUAUGGGUGGUCCAGAAAAAACAGAUGAUGUAUUUGAUUUUCUUAAUCGCCUCUUUUCUGAUAAAGAUAUUAUUCCUUUACCAGCUCAAAAAACACUUGGUCCUUUAAUUGCUCGUCGUCGUACUCCUAGUAUUCAGGAGCAAUAUGCAAAAAUUGGAGGUGGAUCACCAAUUAAAAUGUGGACUGAAAAACAAGGUGAAGGCAUGGUUAAAAUACUCGAUCAGAUAUCUCCAUCAACAGCUCCUCAUAAAUACUACAUUGGUUUUCGUUAUGUUAAACCAUUAACUGAAAUGGCACUUGAUGAAAUUGAAAAAGACCAUCCUCGACAAGUUAUUGCUUUUACACAAUAUCCACAAUAUAGUUGUUCAACAACAGGUAGUAGUUUAAAUGCAAUUGCUCGAUAUUAUACAGCGAAAAAAAAGAAAUCACAAUCAGAUAAAGAUAGUCAAAUAUUAAAUGAUCUUCCAUGGAGUGUUAUUGAUCGUUGGCAAACACAUCCUGGUUUUAUUCAAGCAUUUGUAGAAAAUAUACAGAAAGAAUUGAAUAAAUUUCCAGCAGAUGUUCGUAAUGAUGUUGUUAUCCUAUUUUCUGCUCAUUCAUUACCAAUGAGCGUAGUCAAUCGUGGUGAUCCUUAUCCAGCUGAAGUUGCUGCAACUGUUCAAGCAGUUAUGGAAUCUCUUAAUUUCUCGAAUCCAUAUCGUCUUGUAUGGCAAUCAAAAGUUGGACCAAGUGCUUGGUUAGGUUGUGCAACAGAUGAUGCUAUUAAAGGUUUAGCUAAAAAUAAUCGCCGACAUAUUCUUUUAGUUCCUAUUGCAUUUACAAGUGAUCAUAUUGAAACUUUGCAUGAACUUGAUAUAGAAUAUUCUCAACAUCUUGCUACAAGUGUUGGCGUUGAAAUGAUCCGUCGAUGUGAAUCAUUGAAUGAUAGUCCUCAUUUUAUUAAAGCUAUGGCAGAUAUUGUCCAUAAUCAUUUACAAAGUCAACGUCGUCAUACGACUCAAUUACCUCUUCGUUGUCCCGGUUGUGUCAAUGCUUCAUGUGAACAGAUGAGAAAAUUCUUUUGUUCUUCAUCAUAA